AUGGCCCCCAAACGGACCGGAAUGGACUUGCUCUUCCACCCGAAGAAAAGGAGACCCGGGCAGCCGCCGCCGCCGCCGCCGCCCAAGAAAGAGGGCCUACCGCCGUCUGCGCCCCCUGACAAACCCUCUGAGAAGCCCGCCGAGCGGCCCGCGCGCCCCCCGCGCCCGCGCCCGCCCAACCCGGACGACGACAGCGACCUCAGGCCGCCGCCGCCCGAGGGCCGAUUCUCCGAGUUCCGCCUGAUGUCGUCCUCGCUGAACGGCUGGAAGUACGACAUCAUGAAGUUCGACUCGCGCAAGCCCGUCGAUCCGCUCCUGUGGGAGCUGCCCAUCCGGCUGAACCGCAAGGACCUGCGCCGCGAGGCGGACGACGCGCCCGCCGCCGUGCCGCAGGCCGUCGGCCCCAUGCUCGGCCCGGACGGCAAGCCCGUCAUCGGCGUGGAUGGCAAGAUCGUCAUGGUCGACGCGGAGGGCCGGCCGAUCCAGGGCGGCGGCGGCGGCGGCGCGGGGGGCGACAAGGGCAAGGAGAAGGCGCCGCCGAAGAAGCGGUUCCAGAAGAAGACGAAGCAGGUGUUCCUCGUGCCCGAGGAGGUGCGCAAGCUGCGGCGCGAGGAGCGCUAUCCGUGGGUCAUCGAGGACGCGACGCAGAAGGAGAUGUGGCUGGGCAGGAUGGAGGAGGUCUCCAAGUCCGAGACGCACGCGAUGUUCAUGCCCGCGCCGGACAACGCGUUCAAGUUCGUCCCGGCGCAUCGGUGGUACAAGUUCCAGCAGAAGCCGAAACACCAUGUGCCGACGCUGGAGGAGGCGGAGUCUCUGAUGACUAAGAUUCAAAAGAACAAGGAUCCGGAGCGCUGGCUCCUUCGAAGACGGAACGGACAAGCUCCCUCAGAGGCGACCACCGCCCUGUUCAAAGCCGGGCGUGAGGGCACUCCAGCAGGCAUGCCGGCCGGCGCAGGCUCGGGUGGCCGGAAGCUCAAGGUGGUGGACGAUGGGAUGGCGGGGCUGUUCGGUGAUGAUGAUGACGAGGAUGGCGAGUUCCGCAAACGCAAGUUGCGGCGUGAGCUGGGUGCGGAAGGUGAUGUAGACGAGCUCGACUUCGAAGAAACGUUCCAGGACGAUGAGGAGAAGAUGGAGCCAGAAGAAGCAGACGAUGAGGAGGCGAAGGAGCUGGAGGCAAGCAACAUCCGCUUUGAGCGGCUCAAGAGGGAGUAUAAAAACGCUAAUAAAACCCGUGAGGGAUACAUCGACGAGUCGGAUGACGAAGAUGAUAUCACCCUCACGCGGGCGGGCAAGAAUCUCCAGAAGACGCUACAGAAAUUGGAGAAAGAUGGUGGAUAUGAUGAUAGUGACGAAGAGAACCCAUACAUGAGCGAGCAGGAGGAGGAGGAAGAAGAAGAGCCGACCCCAGUGCACACUGGCCCCGCGAUCAUCGCCCCCGAGCCAAAAGCCUCUCGUACGCCCUCCCAGCCCCCAUCCACGCCAGCGCCCGCAAACGGGGUGAAGGCACCCACCGGCAGCCAGCCGCCGCUGCAGAUCAAGACGGAGUCGCAGACAGAUGCGCUAUCACCCACGGCGGACACUCUAUCGUGGCGAAACGCGCGAUGA